AUGCCUAGCCACUUGAAGUGUUGCUUUUUGUAUUUGGGAAUUUAUCAUGAAGAUUGUGAUAUUCCAAUUAAAAAGCUUAUUAGGUUGUGGAUUGCUGAAGGAUUUGUAGAGAUAAUGAGUAAUAGGAGGCUAGAAGAAGUAGGUGGAAAUUAUUUGCAAGAUCUUAUUGACAGAUGUCUAGUUAUGGUUCAUGGGAGAAGCUCCGAUCAUAAAAUCAAGACUUGUAGGAUGCAUGAUCUCUUACGUGAGUUGUGUGUGAGCAAGGCUAAGAAAGUGAACCUUUUGUACCUUGAAACUACGGGUAGUUGUCAUGGUUUUGAUUGCUUGGUUCGAUUAGGUGAUAAGCCUUGGUUAAGUCUUAAAGUAGUGAACCCACAUUUUCAUUUGGCCAUUGCUUCUAGGAAAUGUCGUACCAUUUUAUGUUUUAAUAUGGUUGGAAACUGUGAUUAUGAAUGGUAUUUGCAUGCCAACUCUUUUAAGAAGUUAAGAGUGUUAGACUUGAGCAAGAUUAACUUCAGGUUAGGUAUGCCUCCAGAUAUUACAGAUCUUGUUUUCCUAAGGUACCUAGAAAUAGCCUCAAGUAAGGUUCUAAACUGUAUACCUUUGUGGAAGAAUUGGAAUCUACAGACACUAGUUGUCACAGAAGAUGACAAUGGUGCCCGCAGGCUGCCUCCUGGAAUUUGGGACUUGCCACAACUAAGGCAUCUUGAAAUCAACCAUCAGGUUCCUACUUAUCUUCCAAAAAUGGUUCAAGAAAAUUUGCAGACACUUUAUUGGUUGUCUACCUCACAGUGUACAGUACAAGUGUUUAUGAGAAUUCCAAAUGUUAAAGAUUUUGGAAUAAUUUUUGCAAGAUGCCAAGUGUCAUCACAGGGUUUAAAUGACCUCUGGUGUUUAAAUCAUCUUGAGAAGCUAAGAGUUCGAGGCUCUUACCACCCUUUACAUUUGCCUCCUCUUUUCCCACAAAACCUCAAGGAGUUGACAUUUGAGAGAACCCUUAUACCAUGGGAAGCUGUAAAUUGGUAA